AUGCUGACGGAACAGCUUCACCUCUUUAAAAACACAUCAAAACUCUUCAAUCUGUUUAGAUAUUUAUUCCUUGACCCUUUAACACCAACCAGCCUUGGCAUCCAGUUGCCCAGAGAAGCCAGCAGCAUCUCCACUGGAGUGGACCCUGAAACCUGCCUCUGCCUUACUGGUGGUUCCUGCACCUGUGCUGGCUCCUGCAUGUGCGAGGGAUGCAAACGCACCUUUUGCAAGAAAAGCUCCUGCUGCGCAGAGUGCAAGAAAUGCGCCAAGGACUGUGUGUGCAAAGGUGGGGGGGGGGAGGCUGAGGCUCAGAAGUGCAGCUGCUGCUAA